AGGAAAUUUCAUUUGUACCAUCAAACUUGAGCUGGUACCCAAUAAUACCAUCAAAAUGGCCCCCCUUCCAUCCAUACCAUCGCAGCUUCCAAAAUCUCCCAUCCAUACCAUCGCAGCCAACUCCUCACCCUCACAGACAUCUAGCGUCGUUUACUGGGACCAAACUACCCCUCCCGUUCGUUCUUCACCCAACUCGCCCCUUCCUGUCACGCAUCCAUGGCCUCCAGCUGUUGCCACCCGGUCCUGCCGCUGCCACCCGCUUGCCGUGUGUGUCGCCCCGAAGCAAUUGGUGCCGAUGGCGACGACGCCGACGCAGCGCUAUGCAGCGGGGGCGUUGCUGGCGCUCGCGCUCCGCCAAGCGCAAAUCCACCAGUCCGCCCCCCUCGGCGGCUCCCCCGGCGACGACGAGGAGCGCGCUAGUAGCGCCAGCAGCAGCGUCGGGGAUGCUGCCUCCGACACCGAGUUCUGGACGCACGACUCCCGCGGCCUCCUCCGCCCCGUCUUCAGUAUCAAAUGAGACAAAUGAAGAGGACAGUCAAGAUCCCACGACUUGUACCUCCGAAACGGCUGAAUCCUCAAAAGCAGGCUCUUCUGAGAACUUGCUUGGAGUUGACAAGUUGUCCUUAGAUUACGUUCCUGCUGACAAUCACCGGAAGAUGGCAUUGCUCUACGCGCUUCUCUCUGCCUGUGUGGCUGAUAAACCUGUAUCGCAAGAGGAAGAGGACAUGAAAUCUUCUCGCUUCAGAAAGGGCUAUAUCUGUUGCUGGCUCUGUGGCAGUUGCUGCCUCAUUUGGAGGUUGGUGUAAAUGUCCAGUGCA